AUGGCACAACCAGGCUCGUCUGGUGUGCCCGGCCCUGCAGGGCGCAGACUUCAUAUCGCCCAUCGACGUAGUCCAUCGGAGCUCACUCCGCUCAUGAUGGAACAACUGGCUCUUCAGCAACAAAUCGAAUUACUCCAACAGCAACAACAGCAAAUCGCUGCUACUCAUCAGCAGUAUGUCAACAUGGGCAUGAUUCAGCAACCGCUGCAAAGCAUGCCUGCGUACUCUCCCAUUCAAGGGCAACCCAAUCUUUCGGGAAUCUCGCCCAAUAACACCAAUUUUCAAUUCCCCCAGAUCCAGCAGCAGAUGGCCAUGCAGGGAAAUGCCCCUGCACAACCCGGGGCUCACCGCAGAAAUCAAUCCGCGCUUCCAGGCAUGGCUAUGGGCCCUCCCCCAGCACCAUCCACUGGCACUGCUGGUUCAGCCUUUGGCGACUUCAACCAGCAGGCAAUGGGUCAGAAUCGUGAGAACACCAGUGGCCGCGGAGGAAGGGGUGGCUCUGCACAAAGUGGACAUACUCGACGCCAUUCAUUAGCUCUUCCCGAGGCAAAGAAAGCUGCUGAACUCGCAGAGAAGAAGCGGACUUCUGCUGGCUUUCAGUUCCCCAUUCCAGGAGCUGGUGGUAUCGCGGAAAGUCCUGUGGCUGCCACUCCUGUCGAUGAUAGAUUGAACACGCCCGUCACCCCUUCGGGCCUGGGUCUGCAGCGUGCUGGCAAUGCUCGUAUGGUUGGUCAUAGCCGAAGCCAGAGUAUGGCGGCAGGAAGUGCUCGGGGUGGAGGCGGGGCUGGCCGUGGAGGCGGAUCUUUUCAAUUCCCAGCACAGGGUGAUGCUGGCACAGGUAAUCAGUCAGAUCUACAGCGUCGUGGCAGCCAAAGCAACCACACAAGACAGGGGUCUCGCAACUUCGAGGGCAAUUGGCGUCAACAGAAUAAUCAGCAGACAACUGAUCAGUCGCCUCAACAGAUGGGUCAAUUCAGCCAACCGCAGGGUAUGGGCGGUGGAAACUUCCAGCCUGGCCAUCGCGGUCGAGGAUCAAUGAACCAGUCCAUCGGCUCGAUGAGUGGAUUCCAAUACCCGGGCCAGCCCCAGUUGCUGCAACUUCCCCAAGGCCAAAUGAUGAUGGCACCACAGAUGUUUGCUGGCCAGCAACUGAACGCUUUGCAGAUCGCGCAGCUUCAGGCAAUGCAAGGUGCACAGCUUGGUGGUCUUCAGGCCAGUCAGCACGCUCCCCCAAUGGGCUUGCAACAGCAGCAACAACAGCGAAAGACUCUGUUUACCCCCUAUCUUCCUCAAGCCACACUUCCUGCGUUGCUCAAUGAUGGCCAGCUGGUUGCGGGCAUCCUGCGAGUGAACAAGAAGAACCGAUCUGACGCCUAUGUCACUACCAACGAUCUCGACGCAGAUAUCUUCAUUUGUGGUAGCAAAGACCGAAAUCGUGCUCUUGAGGGGGACCUGGUUGCGGUCGAACUGCUUGAUGUCGACGAGGUCUGGGGUCAGAAGCGUGAGAAGGAAGAGAAGAAGAAACGCAAGGACAUUACCGACACUCGCUCGUCGGGGAAUGCCCAAAACGGCAAGAGUGAUACCGCUUCGACCACUGACAACACUUCGAUUGCCCCAGAUGGGAGUAUCCGGCGACGUGGCAGCUUGCGUCAGCGUCCAACGCAAAAGAAGAACGAUGAUGUCGAGGUCGAAGGCCAGAGCCUGCUGUUGAUGGAAGAAGAAGAGAUCAGCGACGAACAGAAGCCUCUCUACGCAGGUCACGUCGUCGCCGUUAUUGAGCGCGUCGCUGGGCAGAUGUUCUCCGGUACACUUGGUCUACUCCGACCAAGUAGCCAGGCCACGAAGGAGAAGCAAGAAGCCGAGCGCCAGGCGCGGGAUGGAGGCCAUUCACGAUCGGAAUCUCGUGCCCAAGAUAAGCCGAAGAUCGUGUGGUUCAAGCCUACUGAUAAACGCGUGCCCUUGAUUGCUAUCCCAACAGAACAGGCCCCGCGAGACUUUGUGGAUAAGCACAUGGACUACGCCAACAGAAUCUUCGUGGCUUGUAUCAAGCGCUGGCCGAUCACCUCCUUGCAUCCAUUCGGUACUCUUGUUGAGCAGUUGGGUGAAAUGGGUGAUCUCCGCGUCGAGACAGACGCCUUGCUCCGUGACAACAACUUUGGAUCUGACGAGUUUUCCGAUGCUGUCUUGAAGAGUGUUGGGUGGGAUGACUGGUCGUUGCAGACUGAGAGCGAGGAGAGCCUAGCCUCACGCCUCGACCUUCGCAACGAGCGAACUUUCACCAUUGACCCUAACGGCACUAAAGAGCUUGACGAUGCCAUCCACAUCAAGCAACUCGACAAUGGAUUGGUCGAGCUCGGCAUCCAUGUCACGGAUAUUGCCCAUUUUGUCAAAGCAAAUUCACUGGUCGACCGAGAGGCUAAGAAACGAGGGACUGGCGUUUACUUGAUGACCAGGGCCGUUAACAUGCUCCCAUCGAAACUGUCUGCAGACAUAUGCUCAUUGCUUCCAGGCGAGGGCCGUCUGACCGUGAGUGUGAUCUUCAAAGUCAAUUCUGAGACAGGGCAGAUCGAAGGAGAGCCUUUCAUUGGCAAAUCGAUUAUCCAAAGCUCUGGCAAGCUCGGAUACCGAGCAAUUGACGCUGUCGUCAAGGGAGGCGAGCUGCCUGAAUUGAACGGGCCCACAGCCGAGGACAUCAAGACUUUGCACAAGAUCGCCAGCAAAUUCCGAGAAGCUCGUUUUGGCAACCGUUCUGCGACUAUCGCCCCUCUUCGACUGCUUUAUCAGCUCGACGAUGAGAACAUUCCAGUGGAGCAGAAUAUCUUCAACACAUCUGCCGCACACGAGAUCAUGGAAGAGCUCAGCUGUAAAGCCAACUUCUUUGUUGCGCAGAAGAUCUUCGCUGCCAUGCCCGACAAGGCGUUCUUGCGAAGACAGUCACCUCCCAACCCGCGACGACUUUUGACGUUCGUCGAUCGAAUGACCCGAGCCGGCUAUGACAUUGAUAGCUCUAGCAGUGGAAGCCUGCAGAACAGUCUCUUCAAAGUGGGAGAUUCGGACUUGCGGAAGGGCAUGGAAACUCUGUUGGUCAAGACUUUGCAGCGUGCCAAAUACUACAUUGGCGAACAGGUUGCGGAGGAGCAGCGUCAACACUAUGCACUCAAUCUGCCUCUUUACACCCACUUCACCAACCCUUCGCGCCGAUAUGCUGACAUUGUCGUCCACCGGCAACUGGAGGCAGCUCUUUCCAAUGGUGCUGUCGAAUUCAACGAAGACAUGGAGAGCCUGGCCAAAACAGCCGAGCAAUGUAACAACAAGAAAGACUCUGCUCAUUGCGCGCAAGAACAGAGUGUCCACAUUGAGUCCUGCCGACUCAUGGAUAAGAAGAGCAAAGAGAUGGGAGGCGACCUUAUCAGCGAGGGCAUCGUCAUUUGUGUCUACGAGUCUGCAUUCGAUGUCCUUAUCCCAGAGUAUGGAUUCGAGAAACGUGUGCAUUGCGACCAGCUUCCUUUGAAAAAGGCAGAGUUCCGCAAGGACGAACGAGUGCUCGAACUCUACUGGGAGAAAGGGGUUCCGUCAUCUGCCUACGUUCCUGAAGAUGAAAGACCCCGUGCCUCAGUGAGCACUAGAGGUACAAACGGUGCAACCGAGUCUGCACGAGAACGGGCCAAGGAACGAUACGAAUCUCAACGCAAGCAGACGGACAGCAACACCAUGUCAACCGAUGAUGUUGAUGCGCUCUUUGACGACGACAGCGCAUCGGAAAUCACCGAAAUGGCUGCUGGUGUAUCUCUGAAUUCGCCACUUGACCGAUCGACUCAGAGCAUGCCCCCAUCCCCGGCCCGUAACGGUGGACUGAGCCAAGCACCAGCCCGAACACAAUCCGAGUCGAAAAUCGCAAGACCAGCUGGUGAUAUUCCAGAGCACAACUUGACCGACAAGGAGAAGUAUCUCAGCUACUUCAAGCUUCGGGAGGAAGGAGGUGAAUACAUUCAAGAUGUGACUGAAAUGACUCGAGUGCCUGUCAUUUUAAAGACUGACCUGACCAAGAGUCCACCAUGCUUGACUAUCCGAUCCAUGAAUCCAUAUGCAUUGUAA